AUGCCAGCGAACUCAGCAGAGGAGACUGCUAGUGCUAUCCAUACCCUCCGCACCAAUUGGGGUCACGAUCCGAAGGCAUGGUUCCCGGAAGAUCUUCAACCGCAGUCAUCCAAUCCUGAGAGCUGGCCACAAGAGGCUCUGGAGCAGUUGGCUCAGUUGUCGCAACUGUCGGGUGCCAUGGGCCACCUUCUGGCUCUUCGCCUCAUACAACAGAGUGCCGACUCCCGCGCCAGGAGGGCUAGGCCGACACGACAAUUUCCGAUUAUCAGGGACAUCAAAAACGCUCUUGAGGAGUACCGCGCUGCCGCUCUCGAGGAGUUCGGAAAUGAUCAGGAUGAAAACCACGUGGCGGAUGGUGCGCAGCCUACCUCUGCUAUCACCAUUUCUUCGCCUACUGCUAGCACUUCGUCGGACGGUUCUUAUAUGGAAGCAUACAAUGAGCUUGUACAGAGUUUUUGGGCUCACGGCAGCUUCGCCGCCACGGCCCAGCAUCUCAGUCAAGUCUACUAUGACUCCGCCGUCAGGCGGGCCUACGGCAACGGCGGCAUCCGCGGUUCUGCCUUUGGCCACCCAGAAGACGGCGUGACCAUCAUGACGCCAGAGAUAGCGGAACGCGGUCCGCAGGCGUACAACAACAGUACUGGCCCGUUUCUGACGACACGCCAAGCCAUGAAGAACAUCGCCUUCGCCCAGCGGAACGAAGACGCCAUCAUACUCUUGGAAGAGCACUUCGAGACAAGGCUGGCCGAUAUCCUCCAGGAUCCGCAGCUUCAGGCCGCCGAGAUCCUGAAGCUCCCCUUCGACAUCCUGGCGACAUUGUGGGAGAUUGUCAAGGACACCAAAAUCAACUCUCUGCCUGCAUUCCAGAGGAUGCUCCAACUGAAGAUCCAGGGCAAUGUGCAGCGUGGAAGGCAUCCCACGUUGAACACUGCUACCGUCAGGCAGCUCCAAGUCGAUGUCAUGAGGGCCAUGAGGGGUAUCAAGGAGCAGCGGGCUGCCGCGAAGCGCGAUGGAAAGAAGCUGAUGGUGGAGCUCAAGAUCCCAUCCAUCUCUUCUCGGCGCUCGCUUGUGGGUGACCAGCCCGGCGGUGGCGCGCAACCGGCGGGUCCACUCCGUCGAGCUCUCUCUCAAAUACCCGCUCAAGCCCUCUCCCACCCAACCCUUGGAACCAACCCGCACGCGCAAGCUCCUCGCCACCCUAGCGCUUCCUUGCCGAUCAGAUCCACUGAUCACAACGAGGACGCCAACACAGGUCCAGCACCCAGCAAAGCCGCAAAGACCCACUCCUCCUCCGCUCCCCUUGGUAAGCCAACCCAACCCGCUGGCCCCACGCGAUCGCAGUCUACUAGCCUCGUCCCAGCGGCAGCCACCCGCCACACAAACGUCGUCGCCCGCCCCUCCGCCAACGCGAACAACAACACCACCGCCAUCGCCAUGUCCAACGCCACGAACAACAACAACAACAACAACACCACCGCGACCUCCACCACCACCACCACCGCCCCCCACGGCUCCCGCCGUCCCCGCCGCACCUCAUCCACCUCUUCCCGCCCCACCCAGCGCCGCCGUCUCGGCCCGGCCACCCACGGCGUCCCGGGACAGCCGGGCGGCACCGACGCCAGCUCCGCGCCCCGCACCGACAUCCCGCAGCAGACCCUGCCAGGGCCGACGCCGCAACCCCUCUUCCAUCCCUCGGGCGCCCCGCCGCAGUCCGCCUUCUACAGGGCGCCGGCGGCCCGCGCCACGUUCACGGCGCAGCAGCAGCCCGAUCAGCGUCUCAUCACCGGUGGCGGUGGCGGCAGCGGCAGCGGCGGAGUGCGAUCGAGGGAGCAGCAGUCGCGGCAGUCGCAGCAGCAGCAGCAGCCGGGCGUGCGUCUCGUCCCGGGCGUGAAUGGCGGAUGGCAGCUUUCCGUCGGGGCGACGGCGCCGAGUAGACGCCAUUCAGAGGAGCAGCUUUCAAUCGGUGCGACGGCGCCGCGCCGCCAUUCAGAAGAAGAGCAGCGGCGCCGCGACGAGAUGGUGGUGCAGAUGGAGUCUAGGAUCUGGGCGCUGGAGAUGGCGAACGUUCAGCAGGAGACGGAGCUGGCGAGGGAGCGGGAGGCGGUGGGUACGCUGACGGGGACGAAUGCGGGGUUGGAAAGGACGGUGGGGGAGAUGCAGACGAGGAUUCGGGAGUUGAUUGAGGAGAACUUUAGGCUGGCGAGGGGUGCGGGGCGUGCAUCGACGGAGAGGUUGGUGGAGGAUUUAGAGGAGGCGAUUCGGAAGGAGAGGGAGAGGAAUGGCGGGGCGGGUCGUGAGUGA